AUGAAUGAAAAACAAAAUAUAGGUCGUUGGAGUAAAGAGGAAGAUAAGAUGUUGAUUGAAUAUGUACGCAGAAAUGGUCCAAGAAAUUGGAAAUAUGCUUCUGAUUAUGUAAAAAAUCGAAAUCCUAAGCAAUUAAAUAAGAAACCAUUUAAUCGUAAAGAGGAAUUAGAAAUCAUUAGAUUACGUGAAAGAGAACACAGCAGAUGGAGAGAUAUCGCAAAAAAAAUUGGAAAUGGUAGAACUCCCAAUGCUAUUAAGAAUGUUUACACGCAACAACUAUCUAAAAGAGUGCGCAGACCAUUAAAAAUAGAAGGUUAUAUAAAAGGUUUCAAAAAUAACACAAAGCCAAAAAUUUCUGUCAUUAAAGAAAGUCAUCCACAUAUGAAGUUAAGUUACAUUACAAAUUGA